AUGGCAGACUCUGCGGCGACUAACAGCGACGGGGAGGACGGACUCAAGCAGCCCGUGCGGGGCUUCGCGCGCCAGGGAGCUCUCCGGCAGAAGAACGUGCACGAGGUGAAGGACCACAAAUUCAUCGCGCGCUUCUUCAAACAGCCCACCUUCUGCAGCCACUGCACCGACUUCAUCUGGGGGUUUGGCAAGCAGGGAUUCCAGUGUCAAGUGUGCUGUUUUGUGGUUCACAAACGUUGCCAUGAGUUCGUCACCUUCUCCUGCCCCGGCGCUGAUACAGGACCCGCCUCAGAUGACCCGAGGUCAAAGCAUAAAUUUAAGAUCCACACCUACUCUAGUCCAACUUUCUGUGACCACUGUGGCUCUCUACUCUACGGCCUCAUACACCAGGGCAUGAGAUGUGACCACUGCAUGAUGAACAUCCACAAGCGCUGUGUGCCCAACGUGCCCAACCUGUGCGGUACGGACCACACCGAGAGGAGAGGCCGCAUUGAGAUCAGCGCUGAGGUCAAGACUAAUGUUCUCACUGUUACCAUUAAACAAGCCCGAAACCUGAUUCCCAUGGACCCCAACGGUCUGUCAGACCCCUACGUGAAGCUCAAGCUGAUCCCAGAUCCCCGCAGCGAAAGCAAACAGAAGACCAAGACUAUAAAGUGCUGCCUGAACCCCGUCUGGAACGAGACCUUCAAAUUCCACCUGAAGGAGCACGAUAAGGACCGCCGUCUGUCCGUGGAGGUGUGGGACUGGGACUUGACCAGCCGCAACGACUUCAUGGGAUCACUGUCCUUCGGCAUCUCGGAGCUCCAGAAACUAGGAGUGGACGGAUGGUUUAAGCUGCUUUCUCAGGAAGAAGGCGAGUACUUCAAUGUUCCUGUGGCUCCAGAGGGGGAGGAGGGCAACGAGGAGCUACGGCAGAAAUUUGAGAGAGCUAAAAUCGCAGUUGGAAAAAACGCAGAGGGCAAGUCGGCGAAUGCAGCGUCACGGUUUGACUCCAACGGCAACCAAGAUCGCAUAAGGCUGUCUGACUUUAACUUCCUCAUGGUGCUGGGGAAGGGCAGCUUUGGCAAGGUGAUGCUGGCCGAGCGUAAAGGAACAGAGGAGCUGUACGCUAUAAAGAUCCUGAAGAAGGACGUUGUUAUCCAGGACGACGACGUGGAGUGCACCAUGGUGGAGAAGAGGGUGUUAGCAUUGACUGGAAAGCCCCCGUUCCUAACACAGCUGCACUCCACCUUCCAGACCAUGUUUCGUAUCAGAAAACAAUACUUCUAUGCUGCUGAGAUAGCCAUUGGUCUUUUUUUCCUCCAUCAAAAGGGCAUCAUCUACAGAGACCUGAAGCUGGACAACGUGAUGCUGGACUGCGAAGGCCAUAUUAAGAUAGCGGACUUUGGCAUGUGUAAAGAAAAUAUGAACGAUGGAGUCACAACCAAGACAUUCUGUGGCACUCCAGACUACAUCGCUCCUGAGAUUAUAGCCUACCAGCCUUAUGGAAAGUCUGUGGACUGGUGGGCCUUUGGCGUUUUGCUGUAUGAGAUGUUGGCCGGACAGCCUCCGUUUGACGGCGAAGAUGAGGACGAGUUGUUUCAGUCCAUAAUGGAGCAUCAUGUGUCCUAUCCCAAGUCCAUGUCAAAGGAGGCUGUCGCCAUAUGUAAAGGACUGAUGACGAAGCAUCCAGCGAAGCGGCUGGGCUGCGGUCCGGAAGGCGAGAGAGACAUCAGGGACCACAGCUUCUUCCGCUACAUGGACUGGGAGAAACUGGAGAACAAGGAGGUGCAGCCGCCGUUCAAACCCAGAGCUUGCGGACGGGAGGCUGAGAACUUUGACCGUUUUUUCACUCGCCAUCCGCCGGUGCUGACGCCACCUGACGAGGAAGUGAUUCAAAACUUGGACCAAGACGAGUUCCAGGGAUUCUCCUAUAUCAACUCGGAGUUCCCAGGAAACGCUGCCACCACCGCUGCCGCCGAGCAGGCUUGAUUUCAGCCCACAGACAUGGACACACAGAUAUGACUCAGUAAACCCGACACAGAAAUACAC